AUGCCACCGAAGUACGGUCGACGCGCGGGGGAAGCGCAGAAUACGGAUGGCGCCGCCGCCGCCGCCGCCGCCGCUGCUGCUGCAGCUGGAGGCGUGGCACAUGAGAGUGCGACGCCCAACACACGGGCAACUGUGGAUGUGGUGGUGCAGGCGGAGGCGCUCCGCAGCCUUGAAGACGGCGUGGACGAGCAGUCGCGCCAGCAGUCUGGGCAGAGGGACACGGAGGAGCGGGAUCGGCUUGUUAACGGCUUUGCGGAGGCACCAGUUGGUUACACUGCCGACAUGCCGAAGCUUGCGGACUUAGACAUAUCAAAUAUGUGGAACGACUUUCUACAAGUCAUUCACCAGGAUUACGACAUGUCGGCGCUGACCGCCUGCCUCUCGCAGCACCUCGACGACGAGGACGUGCCGUGGCACCCAGAUAUGCUGCUUGUGCAGCUCACAUCGGAUAUACUCGACGCUGCUGAAAGCAACCUCGGCGGUGACGUCUCCCCCGCCGGUGGGGCGGCUCCGACUACAACUACGACUGCUGCUGCUGCUGCUGCUGCUGGCGAGGCACGACGGCGGCGGAAAGUGCUGCUGGAGGACGCAGACGAGCCGCAGCAGGCGACGUGGGGCCGCAAGCGCCGGCAGGGCCCAGGCGCAGCCUCUGGAGCCGGCGACGACACCAAGGGCGAAGGCCCUCAUCCCCCACAAGCAUUUGCCGAAGUGAGCGUCAAGAGCCCGGCAGCAGGAACAACAACAACAGCCGCCAAGCCGGCGGAGGCGGCGAAGCAAAAGGCGGAGGCCUCACCAUCAAAGGGGAACAGCAAGGGCACUGGAGGCAGCAGUCACAACAGCCACAGCAAGAGUAACCUCAAGGGCCCUGUCAGCAGCAGCGGUGGCGGCAGCAAAGAGGCGCGGACGCCGAAGAGCAGUAGCACGGCCGCACCGUCUGCCGGUACAUCGUCGAAGAGUCACCCGCCGCCGUCGUCGUCGUCGGCCGAAGUUAAGAAGAGCUCUCAUGCCUCUUCAAAGACGUUGCUGCCAAAGAAGACUGAAAAGAAGGACGAGCCGAAGAAAUGA